AUGGAGAUCACUAAUUUACUUUGUCAAGCUUUACAAAGGAAAGAUCAAGAUAUUUCUAACUCAUUGAGGUUAGUUGCAUCUACCAAAUUGUUAUUGCAACUAAUGAAAGAUGAAAGCUGGGAUGCUUUGUUUUGCCUUGUUAAGUCAUUUUGUCAGGUAUGUAACAUAGAUAUUCCUGAUUUGUCUUCUUCCUACUUUAGCAGAGGGAAUCGAGCUCAUCAUCGUUUCAGUGAUGGUUCCAUGGAGAUGUUUCGUCUUGCUUCAACUCUAGAUCCUAAAAAUGCAUAUGAGACUUUUAGAAGUCUUGAUGUACGACAACUAGUAGAGAAGUUUUAUUCUGAAGAUUUCAAUGAUCAUGAGAAAACAAUUUUGAAAAUGCAACUUCAACAUUAUGCUAUUGAUGUUGUUCAACUUAUAGAUUAUAAGCAAUUGACAUCUAUUACAGAAUUGGUUUCUAUCGCGACAACUGAGAGAUCAUUUUUAGCAAUGAAUAUUGUGAAAACAAGAAUACAGAAUAAAAUGAAUGAUGAGUUUCUAAAUGACUCGUUACUUUUGUUUAUCGAAAGGGAAGUAGCUGAAAAGAUUAGUUUGGAGGAAAUUGAUGAAGACUUCAAGGUCACGAAAGAUCGACGGGUUCCACUUUGA